AGCGCCUCCUUCUCUGAAUCCUGUUCUCCCGUUCAAUGGAUCUUUCACAGGAAAACCCACCGCAGGGAAUCAAGAAAAGGGGAAGGAAGGCCAAGAAAGUGCCCCUAGUCGAUGGCAAAGAGCCUCGGAAAGCCAACUUCAUCAAGAAAAUCAUCAAUGGUGAUAAACCAACUCAGGCUAAAAGUUUUGACAAGCGAAAGCCAACUCUGAUGAAGAAGGCUUUUGAGCUCCAGACACUGUGUGGCGUUGAAGUUUGUGUUGUCUGUUUCAGUCCUGAUGGGAAGGUUGAUGUUUGGCCUGAGGAGCCAAUUCGUGUUAAAGAUUUAAUCCUUAAAUAUAAAGGAUUUGGCAAGAAUGAGAAAAAAGAAUCGAACUGUCUGGAUUUCUUGGAAUCCAUGAGGAUGAAGCUUGAAAACAAGAAAAAAAAGAUGAUUAAAGAGAAGAUUGAUAGGCUGAUUUCAGGUUUGUCCAAGCAGCUUGAUUCGCUUUCGGGAGAUUCUUUGAUGGAUUCAGUGAAUGAACUAGAGGCUAAGAUCAAGAGUUUCAAGGAGAAAAUAGAGUUGCUAAGAACAGAAGAAGAGAAGGGAAAAGCAAUUCAGGCUGAUAAACAACUGAUCAUUAAUACUCAAAGCUCUCUUCUGGACUCAACUUCUGACCUUAUUGAUCAGGAUUUUUAUCAGAAAUGGCAGUGGAAUGGCUUCACAAAUUCAGACACUAUUACUCCUAAUUACGGAAGCUGCAGUGAUUUUCCUGAUCCGGAUUUGUUUAUCCAAGAAAACUUUGAUCUGCUGUCAGGAAUUUUCAGUACUGAAAAUCCUGUGAAUCAUCUUGAAGCAUCUGACAACAAUAUUAUACUUAACAAUGAUAUUCCUUUUGGAUUUCCACAGGAAAAUUCAAGCCCUGAUAAUGCACAGGAAAAGUUUGGUAUGGUAAAGGGAGAGAAUUAUAGCAGCAGCAGCAGCAGCAACUACAAUGGUUUUCUAAGUGAAGCUUUGCCAAUUUCAGUGUGGGCACCUCAGCCACUUUGAGAGUUUGUAGCCAGUCUAAUAA